CGCGCACACGCCGCGCGGACACACACUGGCCACGCCGCGGGGCAGCCGCCGAUCACGCGCGGGCGCCCGGCGCCCAUUGGGCGCCGCCUCACACACCUUUGGCGGCGAUUGGCGGGUGGCGCCGGGAGCCCCGCCUCCCCACCCCCUCCAGCCGGGCGCGGGGUCGGGGGAGCCACCACCUGAAUGGGGAGCGGCGAACAAAAAGAGGAAAAUAAAGGCAUUGGGCGGAGAGCGGCGGCGGUGCGGGCUCCAGGCAGCCGCAGUCCCCGUCACCGGGCCUCGCCGGGGCAGGAGGGCGAGCACAGCACCUUCGGAGGAGGAAGAAAUGGAAAUGAUGACUGAGAAACAGCAAGAUACUGGUUAUUCCUGGAACAAUACUCCUGAAAAAAGCGAUUAUGAGGCUGUCGAAGCUCUUAUUUCUAUGAGUUGCAACUGGAAAUCAGAGUUCAAAAAACAUGCGGAAAUGAGACCUAUAACUCCAGCAUCUGAUAUGUCAGAAGAGAGUGACGAGACUUUGCUUCCUGGCGCAGCAGACUUUAAUGUGGUACCACCGGCAUUUUGCUUGACUCCCCCCUACAGCCCUGCGGACUUCGAGAUGUCACAGGUGGCCCAUCCGGUGCCUGCCUCAGCGCUCGGCAAGUCGCUGGCUGAGGCUGCCAGACCCCCCUCAGCCACGCCUCGGAGGGAGGGGGAGAGGUCUCCAGCAGCCGCCGGGCCUCUGAAAGCUCAAGCAACGAGUGUCAUCCGCCACACAGCCGAUGCUCAGCUUUGUAAUCACAAAACCUGCCCGGUGAGAACAGCCAGCGUGCUGAAAUACCAGGACAGUGUUUUGAGGGAAACAAACAGUAAACAAAGCGCCGAAGCAGAACGUUCGUCGUGUUUUGCUAUGGCGUCGAGCAGACCCGACGCUGAGAACGCUGAGGUGCUGAUGGCAGAAGGGAAAGCUGCAGAGCCAGCUGUGGGUCGAGUGCCGUCGAUAAAGCCCUCGGUCAGCAGACAGUAUCCUGGGCCGGCACAGGCGCCGGUGGUGGCCGUGGCACCGCCGUGCCCUGCCCAAGGCAGUGGAGCCCCCCCCAUGCCAGUGAUUUGCCAGAUGGUCCCGCUGCCCACAAACAGCAACGUUGUGACAGCCGUCGUGCCUGGCACCGCGUCAAACCAGCAGCCAGCCCUCUGUCAGCCCAUGGUCUUCAUGGGCACUCAAGUUCCCAAAGGCGCUGUUAUGUUUGUUGUGCCCCAGCCAGUUGUACAGAGCACAAAGGCUCCCAUCAUUAGUCCUAAUGGCACGAGACUCUCUCCCAUUGCCCCUGCUCCCGGCUUCGUACCUUCUACAGCAAAAGCAGCUCCUCCGGUUGAUUCGUCACGAAUAAGAAGUCACGUUUGCAGCUACCCAGGAUGUGGGAAAACAUACUUCAAGAGCUCCCAUCUGAAGGCUCAUGUCAGGACACACACAGGAGAAAAGCCAUUCAGUUGCAGCUGGAAAGGCUGCGAGAGAAGGUUUGCACGGUCUGAUGAACUGUCUCGCCACCGCAGGACGCACACCGGGGAGAAGAAGUUUGCCUGCCCCAUGUGCGAGCGGCGCUUCAUGAGAAGCGACCAUUUAACGAAGCACGCGCGUCGCCACUUGUCAGCCAAGAAGUUACCCAACUGGCAGAUGGAAGUGAGCAAGUUAAAUGACAUUGCUGUGCCACCAGCGUCUGGGGCUGCGCAGUGAUGGGGCUUCCUCCAAAGAGGGUAGCAGUGACUAUUGUCGCUGGGAUAUGCGGGCUGAGAAAAGGCUUUUGCUCUCGGUCACUGGCUCCUGGGCGCCGGCUGCUGCUGGCAGUGCAGCAGGAAGGCAGAGGCAGCCUCUGCUCACCAUUGGCUGGCUGGAAUAGCGGGUGCCUGGUGUGCUGGGGAAGACAGAGAGAGAAAGGGGAGGCUUUGGAGCAGAGAGCGCACCAUGUGCCGGUUCUGGAUUUCGCAGAUCUUUCGUAUGAACUCUACAUCAGCCACGUGUGAGUGUUCCCCAGAUUUGCUGCUGGCGCUUGAGACACGCUCCCAGUUUAACUCCCAGUGUGGGUCUUCAGUACGGCGUGGAGCAGGAAGGCAGACAGGGCAGGCGUGGGCGAGAGGGCUCAGGCUGCGCCUGCCUUGUGUUAGACAGUUGUGAUUGGAAAAGGAGGCAGUAAGGAUACCAGCCUAGAAUGUAACCUGUAGCUUUUGUGACAAAUAAUACAUCAACUUUCACUAUUUCUGUUUUAUCACGCUAUGUUGAGGACACGUAUCGGAAUGGGAACGGUUUGAGAGUAGUGUAUUAGAUAUGCUUUUUGUGACUACUUCAAAGAUUUGCACAUUUCUUAUGUUGUACUUUAUACUUUGUUUACAAUAAAAUCAAUUUUCUUUAA